AUGGCAGUUGAUCCACGAGCACUGUUGCAGAAGGCAGACAAAGCCGCAUCUGGUGCAACUGGUGGCUUCAGUUUCUUUGGUGGUCGUACAGAGAAGUGGGAGAAUGCUGCAGAUCUCUAUACUCAAGCAGCGAACGCAUUUAGGGUUCAGAAACAAAACCAUGAGGCAGGACAAGCCUUCGAAAAAGCCGCUGCAAUUCAGCGCGACAAGCUCAACGAGCCUGGCGACAUGGCCAAUACCUUAACCGAAUGCUUCAAGGUCUACCGAAAAGACUCUCCGCAGGAUGCCGUUAGAGUCCUACAACAGGCUAUUCAGCACUACACGUCGUCUGGCAACUUUCGAAGAGCAGCAACACAUCAGCAGAAUCUGGCAGAGGUCUACGAGGUGGAGAUAGGAGAUCAGAAAUCAGCUUUACAGGCAUACGACCUUGCAGCACAGUGGUUCGAGAGCGACAAUGCCGAAGCAUUGGCCAACAAGCUUUACUUGAAAGUUGCAGAUCUGGCGGCGUUGGAAGGAGAUUACCAGACCGCCAUACAGAAGUUCGAGGCUGUCGCAAAGUCCAGCAUUAGCAGCAACCUGAUGAAAUGGUCUGUAAAGGACUAUUUUAUGAAGGCUGGUAUCUGCCAUUUGGCAGCUAAUGACAUAGUCGCUACAAAGAGAGCACUACAACAAUAUACAGAGAUGGAUCACACUUUCCAGAGUACAAGAGAAAAUAUGCUGCUCAAUGACUUAGUUGAGGCAGUUGACCAAGGCGACCAGGAUGGGUUUACUGACAAACUCUUUAUGUUUGACCAGCUCAGCAAGCUAGACAAAUGGAAGACAACUCUAUUGCUGAGGGUGAAGGAGAAUAUCCAGAAAGAGGAGGAGGAUUUCUCGUGA